AUGACUAUCCUCUACGAAAACAUUGACCCUGAUGGCGAUACUUUAAUUACCAUAUCCUACGUGGCCGAAACUUCCCAAACCGCCGAUGAACUAGAGACCGUUGCAGAACCAGCGGUAACUGAAGAGCCAGUGGCUGAUAAUGAGCCAACGGCUGCCGAAGUAGAACAUUCAUUAUCUGAGCUCAGGCUAAAGGUGUCCAAGAAACACCUUACAGUAGCAUCACGGCGUGCCAGAACGAUGUUCGAAAGAGAGUAUUGUGAAACCCAGAAAUCAGAGGUUGACGGUCUUUACCACUGGAAAAUAGAGCCACUGUUUGAUCCUGAAGCCCUCAAAAUUGUUUUAAGAGCUCUACACGCACAAGCUCAAGAUCUGCCCGACCAGGUCUCGCUUGAUAUGAUGGUCUCAAUAGCUGAAGUUGUGGACGAUCUUCUAUGUCACCAGGCGCUAUCCUUUUUUGUUAAAGUAUGGAUCACUCGACUAUCUCCAUCUCAAUCAGUUUCCAGUCAAAUGUGUGACGAUCUGGUAAAAUGGAUCUUCGUUGCAUCGGUAUUUCGUCUGGACGACAAGUUCAAGCAGGCGACAAGAACGGCAAUUAUGUAUAGUACCGGACCCAUAGAUAUCCUAGGACUUCCUAUGCGUCUAGAUAUUUCUGAUAAAAUUGAGCAAAAUAGACAGGAUCUCCUCCAAGAUCUGAUUAACCAGUUGCACACCGUGCUGGACAACUUAUGCUCGGGGCACUCUUGCGUUAUUCCGCAAUGCGCUCUGACGAUGAUCGGAGCAUUGACUAAACAAAUGCACAUCAACAACUUCCACUCGCCUCGUCCCACAAGGCCUUUUCUCAACUUGAGUCUGUCCUCGACACUUGCGGCGGUGCGAUGUUUUGACUCACCUUCUCUAUAUCUUCCAGCAGAAACAAUUUCGCGGGACUCUCUUGAUGAUCUAUUCUUUGGGCAUAAAGAGGAUUUUUGGUUGCUACAAAAAGAGACCUUUUCGUCAUCAAGCCGGAAAAAGAAGCACAGAGGACUGCUAGAACCAGAAGACGACGAAGCGACUGAUAAUACUCCCAAGAAGCUGAUGGUUCAUUAUUGUCGCUUACAAGAUCUCCUUGAGCCCGGAAUUAUCCUUGUGGAGUCUAGGCUUUCGACCUUAGAUUUAGGUUACGAUUGA